ACCGGCGAGCAGCUAGCAGUUUAAGUUCUCAGCUUCGCGUUGACGGACGUUCGAGCAAGUGGAUAUCUUUAGUUUCCGACUCCGUUGCGUGUUGAUCCGUUGCAGAUUGAGAUUCAUAUUCCGGAUAUUCUUGCCUGUUCUUGAGUGAAAUGAAUAAAGCGGUGUGCCUAGUAUUUGUGAUCCAAGCGCUGAUGAUAGUGCAGGCUGAGAGCCCACCCUACAUCAAAAAAUGUCAAAGGAACGACCCCAAAUUGGUGGACUGCUUCAUUGGAGCUAUUGAACACCUUAAGCCAUAUUUGGCCAGUGGCAUUCCUGAUAUUCAGCUGCCCUCUGUGGAGCCCUUCAAGAUGGACACCCUGGCCUUGCAGUUAACAGAGGGUCCCCAGGGCUAUAAAAUCACGUUAAAGAACAUGGAGGCCUUCGGGGCGAGCAACUUCAAGGUGACAUCCCUAAAACUGAGCGAAGGAAGUGAGCCCUUCAAGGCGAAAAUCGUAAUGCCCAAGCUAAAGAUUGAGGCUAAAUACACGAGCUCCGGAGUCCUUCUGAUCCUGCCAGCCUCCGGAGGGGGAGACUUCCACGCUGACUUCGAAGGUGUAAGUGCCGAUCUCACAGGAAAGACGUCCAUUCACGCUUCCAAGGGCGCAAACUACCUCCACAUCGAUGCACUUAGUUUGGUUCUGGAUGUAAAGGAUGUGAAAAUGAGCAUCUCGGGUGCCUUCAACAACAACCGAAUUCUGUUGGAGGCCACCAAUCUGUUUCUACGGGAAAACUCUCAAGUCGUUUUGGAGGCUAUGCAGGCUCAAUUGCAAAAAAAAUUGGCUAGCGAGUUUGGCAAGCUCGCCAACCAGCUCCUGAAAAACGUUCCUGUAGAGCAAUUUUACGUGGAUUAAGCCUUAAUCCUUUAGAUGGUAGUUCGUUAGUCUUAGGAAUUUUGUAUUUAAUUCUAAAUUACACUCCAAUGCUAGACCAAGUAUUAAAUUGUAUAUGGUGUAAA